CGGGCCGAAGCGCGCGUUCCUGCCGCAUUAUAACCGGGAAAAUAACUUUCAACGUGUAUAAAUCACUUAAAAACCAAAAAUUUCAAUCCUUAAAUCCACUAAUUACCCAAAUAAUAUUUUUUUAACACAUAGUUUUUUUUUUGCGUCUAGUUAUAAGGACACGAUGUGAAGUUAUACGAAGUUUGAAAUCUCGCAGUGCACUCGUAGUGAAAUAUUGUAAAUUAACUAUGAUUAAUGGAUUUGAAAUGUCACCGGAAUAUGUUUUAAAACAUUGGGAAUUGGACAUCAUGAGAAAAUUCAACUGAAUACAUGAAUGAUGUACGAUAGUGAAAAAGCUUCAGUGGAUAACUUUUCGUGCACCAAUUGCAAUAAUGAAUCUUAUUACAAUAAUAACUAUUCUUAUCCGGACGAACUUAUUUGUAUUUUUCAUACGGAUGAAGACAUUGCCUCCGGUGUUUUUAAGAUAUUUGUAUACGUGAUGUAUAUAGCAGUGUUUGUGGCCGCUUUGUUAGGAAAUGGUUUAGUGUGCUCAGUAGUGCACACCACGCCGCGAAUGAAGACAGUGACGAACUACUUUAUAGUGAACUUAGCGGUAGGAGACAUUUUAAUGACAUUGUUCUGUGUACCGUUUUCGUUUGUGUCCAUGUUAUUGUUACGGUACUGGCCGUUUGGUGCGUUUAUGUGCAAAGCGGUGAACUUUUCGCAGGCGGUGUCAGUGCUCGUGAGUGCGUAUACUUUGCUCGCAAUAUCGAUAGAUCGGUACAUCAUUAUAAUGCACCCGCUGAAGCCGCGGCUGGGCAAGACGGCUGCUAAGUUCGUGGUGUUCGCUGUGUGGAUUGGAGCCUUUAUUACAGCGGCCCCCAUACCAAUUGUAUCGACGCUACAGAGGCCCUCGCUCUGGCACCGAGCGUGUGAAGUUGACAUUUGUGGUGAGCAAUGGUCGAGUCCGGAGAAGAGCCGGCAGUACACGUACGCGCUGUUGGUGCUUCAGUUCGUGCUGCCGCUGAGCGCGCUAAUAUGCACGUACGCGCGCAUUGCGCAUACUGUGUGGGGAGGCCGGCCGCCCGGGGAGGCGCAGGACGCGCGAGAUUCGCGCAUGCAACAUUCCAAACGAAAGAUGAUCAAAAUGAUGUUGACAGUGGUCACUGUGUUCACGAUGAGUUGGCUGCCCCUUAACAUUUUUAUAGUGCUAUGGACGGUCCAUGAAGACGAUGACGAGUGGAGUAUGUGGCCUGGCAUGCCAUACUUGUGGUUCGCAUGCCACUGGCUGGCGAUGUCCCACUCGUGUUACAACCCCAUGAUCUACUGCUACAUGAACGUACGGUAUCGACGAGGGUUCAAAGAGAUACUCGGUGGGCUGCUGUGUUUGAAGAAAAAGGAUUCCGGCAGGCCGUAUCAGCGCUCAAGUAUUUGUGAAGGCAUACCUUUGUCGGAAUUUAUGGGUGCGAACGGUACCGGGGCGUCUAACCGCCGUAGUGUGUCGGUGUGCAAGUGGCAAGCGUCCAAAAGUGCAGGUGUGUCAAAUAGCAGCAAAAGUACCAACUGCACGUCGCGACUCCAACCCCGGUCGUCUGGAAAUUCAUCGACAGCUCCGGUCGGCGCCAUGUCUAUACGCUCACAAUUUUUCUAAGAAUGUUUAGAUAUGACAUCUGAAAAUUUUACCUUCCUAAGUUUUACGGACAAGAAUCUCAACUUUUUACAUACGAAUAGGCUGCCAAUUGUGGGAAUAGUUAAAAUUGUCAACAAAGAAUAAAUGUCACAACAACACUUCAAAUUCAAA